GCACGGACUCUGUACGUGAACGCAACACCAAGCGCUUCCGCGCACGGACCCUGGACGUGAACGCAACACCAGGCGCUUCCGCGCACGGACUCUGUACGUGAACGCAACACCAAGCGCUUCCGCGCACGGACUCUGUACGUGAACGCAACACCAGGCGCUUCCGCACACGGACUCUGUACGUGAACGCAACACCAAGCGCUUCCGCGCACGGACUCUGUACGUGAACGCAACACCAAGCGCUUCCGCGCACGGACUCUGUACGUGAACGCAACACCAGGCGCUUCCGCGCACGGACUCUGUACGUGAACGCAACACCAAGCGCUUCCGCGCACGGACUCUGUACGUGAACGCAACACCAAGCGCUUCCGCGCACGGACUCUGUACGUGAACGCAACACCAGGCGCUUCCGCGCACGGACCCUGGACGUGAACGCAACACCAGGCGCUUCCGCGCACGGACUCUGUACGUGAACGCAACACCAGGCGCUUCCGCGCACGGACUCUUGACAUGAACGCAACUCCAAGCGCUUCCGCACACGGACUCUGAACGUGAACGCAACACCAGGCGCUUCCGCGCACGGACUCUUGACAUGAACGCAACACCAAGCGCUUCCGCGCACGGACUCUGGACGUGAAGGCAACACCAGGCGCUUCCGCGCACGGACUCUGGACGUGAAGGCAACACCAACCGCGUCCGCGCACGGACUCUGGACGUGAAGGCAACACCAAGCGCGUCCGCGCACGGACUCUGGACGUGAAGGCAACACCAAGCGCGUCCGCGCACUGGUCGGAGCGCACUUGGAGGUGAGACUGGAAUUAAGUGUGUGCGCGUUGUAGAAGAAGUUGGUGCCAGCUAAUGAUUGACGCGCGCUGCGUGCGGGAUUAAUCAUCAAUAAGAAGAAACAGGACUUGAGCUGAAUGGGGUCCAGCGUGAGGCUGCUGGUCCUGGUCCUGCUGGUCCAGAGUCCAGGCGGAAUGCAGGCGGCGUCCAAGGAGCGGGUGUGCGAGACCAUCACGGUGCCCAUGUGCCGGGGCAUCGGCUACAACCUGACCUACAUGCCCAACCAGUUCAACCACGACACCCAGGAGGAGGUGGGCCUGGAGGUGCACCAGUUCUGGCCUCUGGUGCGCAUCCGCUGUUCUCCGGACCUGCUCUUCUUCCUGUGCAGCAUGUACACGCCCAUCUGCCUGCCGGACUACCGCAAGCCCCUCCCCCCGUGCCGCUCCGUGUGCGAGCGGGCCAAGCGGGGCUGCUCGCCGCUCAUGAGCCAGUACGGCUUCGAGUGGCCCGAGAGAAUGAGCUGUGAGCGACUGCCCCGCCUGGGCGAUGAGACCCUGUGCAUGGACCAGAACAGCAGCGAGACCACCACUGCGGCGCCGCCCUUCCCCAAGCCUACCCGGGGGCGAGCCAGAGUCGCGGAGCGGGAGUGCAGCUGCCGAGAACCUCUGGUCCCCAUCAGGAGGGAGAGCCACCCGCUGUACGGGAGGGUCCGCACGGGGCCCCUGGCCAACUGCGCCCAGCCCUGCCACCAGGCCUACUUCUCAGCGGAGGAACGCACCUUCACGGCCUUCUGGGUGGGCCUGUGGUCUGUCUUGUGCUUUGUGUCCACGCUGACCACGGUGGCCACCUUCCUGAUGGACACGCAGCGCUUCAAGUACCCAGAGCGGCCCAUCAUCUUCCUGGCCGCCUGCUACCUCUUCGUGUCUCUGGGCUACAUGCUGCGCCUGGUGGCGGGGCACCAGCGCGUGGCCUGCGCCCCCAGCGGCGAGCAUGUCCUUUAUGACACCAGCGGCCCCGCCCUCUGCACGCUGGUCUUCCUGCUGGUCUACUUCUUCGGCAUGGCCAGCUGCAUCUGGUGGGUGGUCCUGUCCUUCAGCUGGUUCCUGGCGGCCGGGAUGAAGUGGGGCAGCGAGGCCAUCGCCGGCUACUGCCAGUACUUCCACCUGGCCGCCUGGGUGGUCCCCAGCAUCAAGACCGUCAUGGUUCUGGCGCUCAGCGCCGUGGACGGCGACCCGGUGGCCGGAAUCUGCUACGUGGGCAACCAGAGCCUGGGAAACCUGCGGGGGUUCGUGCUGGCGCCACUGGCGGUCUACCUCUUCACGGGCUCGCUCUUCCUGUUGGCCGGCUUCGUGUCCCUCUUCCGGAUCCGCAGCAUCAUCAAGCAAGGUGGCACCGAGACGGACAAGCUGGAGCGGCUGAUGAUCCGCAUCGGCCUCUUCACCGUGCUCUACACCGUGCCCGCCGGCGUGGUGGUGGCCUGCCUGGUCUACGAGCAGCACCAAAGACCCGGGUGGGAGCGGGCGCUGGCCUGCACCUGCGCCUUGGAGCGCCAACGUCUGGGCGCCGGGCCCGACUAUGCCGUCUUCAUGCUCAAGUACUUCAUGUGCUUGGUGGUGGGCAUCACCUCCGGGGUCUGGAUCUGGUCAGGGAAGACUGUGGAAACGUGGAGGAGAUUCUUGGCGCGCUGCUGCCCCUGCUGGCGGUACAAGAUGGCGACUCCGCCCCCGUUGUACGGCGACACCGGCACCGUGUACCAUAAAGCUCCUUCUCAUAUAUGACACAUGGACGCAAUAUUUAUUGACCUACUUUUACAUGCCUUGUAAAGACAUCAUGUCGGCCGGGAAUCGAACGUGCGACACCUGUGGCUAGUUUAGAUGUCUGCCCUUAAAGCUGCAGUCAGUUGGCCUCCAACACCACCUGCUGGCAGAUCAUACUUUGGACUUUGUCUGUAAACCUUCUUUAUCUGCUGGCGGUCAACUAGCCCACAUUGAAGCGUCAACUAGCCCACAUUGAAGCGUCAACUAGCCCACAUUGAAGCGUCAACUAGCCCACAUUGAAGCGUCAACUAGCCCACAUUGAAGCGUCAACUAGCCCACAUUGAAGCGUCAACUAGCCCACAUUGAAGCGUCA